AUUUUUAAUGUUCUUCAACGAAAAAUUUUAUUUAUUAAUUCUCUAAUUCAUAUAAGAAACAAAAAAUAACAAAAUAACAGCAUUGAAUGGUGAAACUCAGUUUUUGAUCUGUCAGUAAUAAACCGUAUUUCGAUGUGGUAACGCGUUAAAUUCAAUUCGCUUACAGUAUAAAAAAACGAGUGGAUAUUAUUUUACUUUUAUUUUAUAUCUUAUAUUUUGUUUUCAUUAUUUUAUAAAAAAGAAAAAUAAAAAUUUUACCGUUCGCCGAGUACCUAUUAACAAUAUCAUCACCACCUUCAUAAUUCUUACCUUUGUUCAUUUGCACGUACUUACAAACAUACAUAAUGAAUUAAUGUAUUUAUUUGUAUAUAAAAAAAUGUUAAUGUGAAUGAAAAGUUAAAAAAAAAAGUUGUGGGACAAUCAGAAUAUCGACGAUUAAUGCAUAUGAACAUAUGUACAUACGUACGUACAUCAAUUAGCGGCAGCACCCAUAUUUUAUAUGAAAAAAAAAAUUGUCAAAUAAAUAUUGCGCGAUCGUUUUAUAUGUAUAAAGUGUUGUAACGCUUAAUGAAAUUGUAUCUAAGUUGCUCGUACAUAGAAAUUUUUUGUAUGUGGUGCUCAGACUGGAAAAAUAAGUUUAAUGUUUUUUUUAAGAGAAAAUCAAUUUGUGAUUGAAAAUUUUUAAUUAAUAAAAUAUAAAUUAAUGAAAAUUACUUCAAUAAAUAAUUCAUUAUCAAUCUAAAUGAUUUCGAGAAGAAAGAGAAAAAAAGUUUUCUAGACAAAAAAGAAAAAACAAAAAAUUCCUGUUUAACCUUUUUUUGUUUCAAAAAAUAUCUUGUUUUUUUUGUUUUGUUGAUUUUUAUGCAAAUAUUUAAAAACUUAAAUAAGCCAUCAUUAUGAAUGAAGUAGCCAUAAAUAUUCUUGUCACAUUGUUAACCAGUUAUAUUUUCCCAACAGCUUUUGCUGGUGAUUGUGGUUCAAAUUUUAAAGCUAAGUGCACAUGUGGGGAAAUGCCAUAUGAUGGAAUUCUUCAGUAUGUCGUUAAUUGCACCAAUGCUGGAUUCACGAAUACAAAUAUUUUAGAAUCUAUGCCGAAUGAAACCCAAAUUUUAAUUUUUUCUGGAAAUCGAAUAGAUGAGUUACCAUGGAAUGUUUUCGGAACAAUUAAUAAAUAUUAUAAACUAACAGUUGUUGAUAUGAGUAAUAAUCAUAUAAGGGAAAUCAGAGGAAAAGCGUAUCAUCAUGUUCAAAACGUAAAACGUUUAAUUUUAGAUCAUAAUAAUUUAAGUAUAUCAAGAGAUGACGAUGAUGUUAACCACCACCAUCCAAGGGUUUUCUCAAAUUUUAUUAAUUUAGAAGCAUUACAUUUAACUGACGCCUUUGCUGACAAUAGCCCGCCAGAAUUAAGUGAAGACCUUCAUGAUAUAUUUUUUCAAAGUAAUUUAACGAAGUUGAGGAAACUUCAUUUAGAACAAAAUGAAAUAUCAACAUUUAAGGAUCGUAAAGUAUUUUGUGACUUGAUUAACUUAAAUGAUUUAUAUUUAGGCGAUAAUUGGUUACAAGAAAUUAAUUUUGAUGUAAAAUGUUUAAAAAAAUUGCGCUUUUUAGAUUUAGAACGAAAUAAAUUUGAGUACUUAAAACCAAAAGAUUUAAAAUUACUUGACGAGCUAGAAGAAAAUUCAAGAAUGGAAAGGUCAAUCGAUUUAAUUGUUGAUUUUAAACUUAAUCCAUUUGUAUGUGACUGUAAGAUUCAUCAAUUUCACAAAUGGCUAAAUUUAACAAAAGUGAAUGUAAGAGAAAAAGAAAAAUUGGUGUGCCUGAAAGAUGGUCGAAAUUUAGAACGAAUAAGUCAAAUUCAAUACGAUAAAUGUAUAACUAAAACAAAAUCCGACCACACAAUUUUAUUAAUUUUUCUAUUAACAGCUCUUAGUAUAAUUUUGGUAGGAUUACUUUCAGCACUUGCAUAUCUAAGCCGUGAUAAAAUUCGUCAUGCGAUGUUUCCAGUUCUAGAUACUAUGUCAAAAAAAGUACAGUAUACCACUAUUAAAGAUGAUGAUUGUCCAGAGGUUCAUGUGUAGGUUUCAUGGAUUGGUCUAAAAUAUUAAGUCAAUAUAAAUUCAAAGCAUAAAAAGUUUAUGUUAUAUAAACAAUAAUCAGAAAUAUUUUUUUAACAACUCAAAAUUAAGUGUUAUAUCAAAUAUUUUUUCGCUUAAACAAAAAAAAAUUGAACCGCCCAUUAUGUUAUUUUAAUAAAAUUUUUAAAUUAAUUACUAACAAAACAUAAGUUUAAGGAAGUUAUGUAUGUUAUGUAAUGUAAAUAUCUGUGAUCUACAUUUUAAAAAAGUAAUUUGUACAUUUUUUUAAAUAAAAUUUUUGUUAUUAACGCUUUUUAAAUAUUUAUUAGAUU